AUGUGGCCACAGUCGGCACCGCUUCCUCGGGCGGUUUACCGCAACGUCCACCCUCUCCGAACAUCACUAUGCGGUGCCCGUAGCUUUGGGGCAGCCACGCAAACAAGUUCGUUUCGUUACGGUCAUCGCCCUCAAUUAUGCCCACAGCAAUCUGCACAGGAGACAAAGCAGAAGCGAUGGAUCACACAAAAAUAUAUUCAGAGGAUGCAGGAAGGGAGAGAAGAAUGGGCCAAGCAUGCUGAGGAAAUCAAGGUAGGGAAGAGGAAGAACUUUGCGGCUCAUUUGGAGGAACGAGGCCUGAUCCAUGAUGUUGUUGGUGAGCGCGAAUUACUUCAUAAGCUGUUUACCGAGAAGCGGACCGGAAUCUACGUUGGGAUUGAUCCUACAGCACCGUCAAUGCAUGUUGGACAUAUGCUCCCCUUUAUGGUUCUAGCAUGGGGAUAUGUCUGGGGUUUGCCUGUGACGUUUCUGCUGGGUGGUGCAACAUCGCGAGUUGGCGACCCAACAGGUCGAUUAAAGGGGCGGGAGCAGGUCCACUCCUCAAUUCGCAAAGCCAAUAUGGCUAGCAUGCACAUGCAAUUGAAGAAGCUGGGCGCAAGCAUUGAACAGUAUGGCCGGAGACAUGGCUAUGAAAGGAAGCCUAUUUGGAAGCGAGCAUUGACCAACAACAAUACAUGGUGGAAUUCUAUGCCGUUCAUUGAAGUAUUGCGGGAUCUUGGUGCGUUCAUGAGACUUGGGCCAAUGCUGGGCCGAGACACUGUCAAAAAUCGAUUGAACCAAGGAGAUGGCAUGUCAUUUGCCGAGUUCUCCUAUCCUCUCCUCCAGGCUUGGGACUGGUGGACUCUUUUCCAAAAAGGGACACAGGUUCAAGUUGGUGGAUCUGACCAAUAUGGAAACAUUCUUUUCGGCAUGGAUGCUGUCAAAGCAAUCAGUCGCAACACGGCCGAUGAGCAACUGCGAAACCCCUUAGAAUCAGAACUAGACCGGCCCAUUGGAUUUACAACGCCAUUGCUGACUGCACCUUCCGGCGAGAAGUUCGGCAAGUCUGCGGGCAAUGCUAUCUGGCUGGACAAAGACAUGACCUCCACUUUUGAGCUUUAUCAGUUCUUUGUUCGAACCCCGGACGAUGCCGUCGAGCGUUACUUGAAGCUCUUCACCUUCAUUCCCUUGCCUGAGAUUGCUAGCAUCAUGGAGGAGCAGAACAAGGAUCCUUCCAAGCGGGUUGCUCAGCAUAAACUAGCCUAUGAGUUCGUUGAACUUGUCCACGGCAAGCAGGAAGCCGAUGCUGUGUCCCUUCAACAUCGCCAGCUCUUUAGACCCCGUUCCUCGACCGGUGAACCCACUCCUAUGCCGCGGACCCCCAGCCAGCCCUCCAGCCAUGCGAAAUCACCAACCGCCGGCUUUUUGAAUCCUCAAUCCGGGAACCGUUACGCCUCCCAGACAAACUUUGCCAACAUGCCGAAUGCUCGGGUGACUCUUCCAAAAUCUCUAGUCUACAACCAGCAGUUUAACAAGAUCCUCUGGUCAGCCGGGAUGGUGGCAUCUAAGGGUGAGGGCCAUCGUGUCAUUGUGAAUAACGGCGCCUCUGUAGGCAGCCGCCCCGGCGACAGCGGGCCCAUGUCCGACGAUCUCACCUUUACUCCCAUCCGGCCUUGGUCCUCAGAUAAGACACAGGAGUACAUCAUUGAUGGCAAUCUCCUCAUGCUGAAGCUGGGCAAGUGGAAGUUCAAGAUGGUAAAUAUAAUUAGCGACGAGGAGUUCCGCGCGCAAGGGCUUACUGCUCCGGGAUGGGAGGUGGCCGAGGAGACGCCUGAAGAGACAAAAUGA